GCGACCGUAUCUGAGGCGAAGCGCGAAGAGAGACGAGGCGCGACAGCGACACGAACGGAGCGGCGGAGAGAAAGCGAACAGCAGCAGACAGAAAAACCCUCCAUACUCCUGCUGACAUUUUAUAUCCAGACACAGCGGCCUGAAAAACGGUAUAUUUGAGCGGCGAGAUGCCGGGGAUGAUGGAUAAAGGCUCGGAGUACUUGGGGAAAGGUCGAUCAAACGGCACCAAGAGUCCGUCCAACGCUUCUAACGGACAUUUCUCAGACGAAAGCGGCAGCGACGACGAACACGAUGUGGGGAUGCGGGUUGGAGCCGAUUACCAGGCCAACAUACCCGAGUUUGAACCAGGCUCCACUAAGUACACAGAUAAAGACAGCGGAGGGAUGCUGGUCUGGUCUCCGUAUCACACCAUCAUCGACUCCAAAUUGGAUGAAUACAUCGCUUUAGCUAAAGAGAAACACGGAUACAACGUGGAGCAGGCACUCGGCAUGCUCUUCUGGCACAAACACAACAUCGAGAAGUCUCUGGCUGACCUGCCGAACUUCACCCCGUUCCCCGACGAGUGGACGGUGGAGGACAAGGUGCUGUUUGAACAGGCCUUCAGCUUCCACGGCAAGAGCUUCCAUCGCAUCCAGCAGAUGUUACCGGACAAAUCCAUCUCCAGUCUGGUGAAGUACUACUACUCCUGGAAGAAGACCCGCUCCAGAACCAGUCUGAUGGACCGGCAGGCUCGUAAACUGGCCAACAGGAACAACCAGGACGACAGUGAUGAGGAGAUGGAGGAGGCCGCUCCCAUAGAAGCCAACGACAGCGACUACGACCCCAACAAGGAAACCAAGAAAGAGCUCCAUGUUUCCUCCCUGCAGAACCAAGUGGAGCCGGUGAUGCCGGGCUCGAAGGUGGCUUUGGGUCGGCGGGAGCACCAGACCCUGCAGCACCGACACCACCAGCGCUCUCGCUGCCGCCCCCCCAAAGGCAUGUACCUGACCCAGGAGGACGUGGUGGCCGUGUCCUGCAGCUCCUCCGCCGCCAACACCCUCCUCCGUCAGCUGGACAUGGAGCUGGUGUCCCUCAAGAGACAGGUGCAGAACGCCAAACAGAUGAACAGCGGCCUGAAACACAUGUUGGAUUCUGGGAUUGAAGAGUUCAAACUGGCUGAGUGUAACCAGAAGGUGAACGCCCGCUGGACCACAGACGAGCAGCUCCUGGCCGUUCAAGGUGUGAGGAAAUACGGGAAAGACUUCCAGGCCAUCGCUGACGUCAUCGGUAACAAGACGGUGGGCCAGGUGAAGAACUUCUUUGUGAACUACCGGCGGCGGUUCAACCUGGACGAGGUGCUGCAGGAGUGGGAGGCCGAGCAGGGAACGCGAGCUCCCAACGGAGACAGCGUCACCUCUGGAGAGGAGGGGAAGACCAGCUCCGCCACUCCGUCAGGGAAGAGCACCGAUGAAGAGGACGAAGAGGGUCAGGUGACCUCCUCAGGUGCGUCUCCUGCUGCCUCCUCUUCCUCUUCGGCUCAGAUUCCGGUGACGUCAAGCGCCUCCUCCUCCUCCCUCCACCAGCCGCCUCCCCUCCUGCGGCCCUCCCUCCCGGCCACGCCCUCCCUGCACCGCCAGCCCCCGCCCCUCCAACAACAGGCCCGCUUCCUGCAGCCCCGCCCCACGCUGCAGCAGCCCCCGCCUCUCAUCCGCCCCUCUAACCCCCUGCCCCCCCGCCUCAACCCACGCCCUCCCGCUCCCAUGACCCUCGGCGGCAACCCCGGGGGGUCGGGUCCAAGCUCCACCCAGCAGCCCCCUGGCCUGGCCGUCCACCAAUCAGAGGCCUCGUCUUCCUCCCUCCACUGACGAACGUCAGACUUUCUGUUGAAGAGACAGAAGAAAGAAAAUGUUCAAUCUGAAGCUGGUGCGUUCAGGUCCUGUGGGAAAAUCUGAGUGACUUUAUUCUUCAAAACAAUGGCAGCGAUUUUCACGGCUUCUGAUCAGCUUUUCUACUCUCACCACACGAGAACAUAAAGGUGACACAUUUACACAAAACACAAUCCAAAUCUGUGUUUAUUAUUUGGUGAACAGUAUUUUAGGGGUUGAAGUUUGUCUUUCCCACAGGACUUACAUGCAGCAUACCUGCUGGUUGAUGGACACCUGGUUUUAAAAUCUUUGUUUUGUAAAAGAGCUUUGACUACAGGUCUUUCAGCCUUUAAAAAUCUGUCACAGAAAGUGUGCAGAUUAUCGAAGCAGAGCCUUUUUAGUCACCAGACAUGUGGCGUCCCACAGGGUUCCAUCCUGGUUCCUUGUUUUUUCUCCGUCAUUAUGCCUCCACUAGGACACUACUGCAUUGACCACAGACAAAAAUGGCCCACAGCAGUACCUAAAACAUUUCAAAGUGAGAAAAUUAUUUAUCAGCUCUCAUCAGCAGCCUAGUAGAUACUAAAAGCUGGAUGUUGCAGUAUUUUCUACAGCUAAAUUAUGAACUUGAAUCGGUGUCAUUUCUUACAUUAAGAAACUCAACAUUGUUAUUGAUAUCAUUAAGCUCAUCAUCUUUUAUGAGUUGUCUUCAUCUUCCACCUCCCAGAGUUCUCUACAUGUACACUGCACUGAGCCUCUGCUGACUUUUGUGUUUCUCAGCCCGCUCUAGUUGAUGGUCGGUCCAACACACCGAUUUAUUAUUACAGUGAAAACCGCUUAUAGUGAUCACGUCUGUCCGGGUCAAAUUGAUCACUAUAAGCGGAUGAUUAUUAUAACCAAAUCUUUGUUGUUGUGCAUCAUGUCUCAUGCAGAUUAUCAUCUAAUUGACAUUUAUAUAUUUAUUACAUGAAUACAAAGUAAUGAAACGGACCGCUUUGCUAUUUACUUUGCUAAUUCUUCUGCCUUUUCCCUCACCGAGGGUGAGGCAUUGCUGUUUUUGGCCGGCUCUGCAGCUCAAACUUGCAUGCAGAUGAACGGCGCCCCUUUGCCGGGGCUCCUCGCUGGCUCACCCGGUAGCGGCAAGGAGGGAAACGGGUGCCGGUCUGCAUGUGUGCCGCAGAGCCGGUUGAGGAUCAGAAAAAAAUUUCACUUUGGGGGCAUUACGUGACCAGGAAUUAUCAAUCCCCUUGACGAGGGCGCCUUCCCGUGCACAUUUUUUUUUUUUAUUCAGAGAAAAUUACUUUCUUCUUCCCGUCAUGAUAUCAAUGUGCACACAGCUUCAGCCUCAGGUAUCCAGCCGGAAAGCAGACGGUCCGCGAGGCAAAGUAUCAAGGGAGUAAAGUAAAAACAAAACAAAAAUUCAGUUAAUGUUAGUCUAACGUCGUUUUAAAAAUGUUUUCCCAUAUGCUGUCAUGUACGAAAAGACUCAAAAUGAACGGACUACUUGAUUACUAUAAGCAAAUUCUUUAAAUAGCAUUUGUAUAGGAAUGAUUCUGUUCCAAGCUUUUUGAUCCAUAUAUGCGUUUGAUCACCGUUACCAUGAUCACUAUAAGCGGUUGCCACUGUACUCCAACAACUACUGGCUCCACAGAGGAUGAACCCUUUAGAUUUGAAUGAACCCAUGAUCUUUCCUCUAGCGCCGCCCUCAGGAAAAACUACAUGUUUAGCUCCACUGAUGGAGUCGUGGCUGUAAUGAACACUGCAGCCUCUAGAUGGCACUAGCGGGACUUUAGUUAAGUCAGUUUUAUUUACACAACCCAAAAUUACACAUAUUCCAAAGGGCUUUGCGAUCUUUACUGCAUACGACCUAAAAGCCUUGAUUCAGAUAUGAGGCUGUUAAAACGAUCAGUCUGGUAUAUUUUUCUUAUUGUCAAGAAAUCUCAUGUUUAGACUCAAACCAACAAUGUAUUAGUCCGUCUCUCAAUACUGUCUGACUUCAUGUCUGUGGCUCUCGGCUCCAAGCUCAUUGGUUCCUACUUUAAAAACACAAAUAUAUAGUUCCAUUUUUU